UCCAGUCACAGGACGCUGUCCGGUUACGUAAGGUUUACAGCUGCCAAGCUACCAUCUGCCUGCAUUUGUUUUAAACGUUCAUAUUUUGUUUAUAUAAUUUUUAAUAAUUUCGAUAUGAAAUAAAGCGUGCAUGCUUCUAUUGUGCUGUGUGGAACACUGAACAGCCAUUUAUUAUCAAAAUGUUGGCCCGUAAAGGCCUUAUGCCUGAUGGGUUCCUGUUGACUCGACUCGCUGAGGAUGCUGCACAACCCAGUCGCAUCCGGCCAAAGUCACAGAGGGCACGUUUCAUCACCAAGAGUGGCUCGUGUAAUGUUGCCCACAAGAAUAUACGAGAACAGGGGCGAUUUCUCCAGGACGUUUUCACCACCAUGGUGGACCUGAAAUGGCAGCAUUCUCUCCUUAUCUUCACUUCGGCAUUCCUCUGCUCCUGGAUGCUCUUCGCUAUGGUGUGGUGGCUCCUGGCAUUCGCUCAUGGUGACCUUGAGACUCGAGAUCCCAAUGAGCCCGGACCUGUGCCCUGUGUCACUUCCAUUCACUCUUUUACAUCUGCUUUCCUGUUUUCCAUUGAAGUGCAGGUGACUAUUGGUUUUGGAGGACGAAUGGUGACAGAAGAAUGUCCACUGGCCAUCAUAGUUCUCAUCAUCCAGAACAUUCUAGGCCUGAUCAUCAACGCCAUCAUGCUAGGCUGUGUGUUCAUGAAGACUGCUCAAGCCAAUCGGCGAGCAGAGACCCUCAUUUUCUCCCGUAAUGCUGUUAUCGCCCCACGCAAUGGCAGACCCACGUUCAUGUUCCGUGUCGGGGACCUGAGAAAAAGCAUGAUCAUCUCAGCCACGAUACAGCUACAGGUAAUACGUCGGACGGUAACAGCAGAAGGCGAGGUGAUUCCUGUCUGUCAGCUAGAUGUCCAAGUGGAAAACCCUCUCAGAAGCAACGGCAUAUUCCUCGUCUCUCCACUAAUAGUCAGUCACACCAUUGACAGAGGAAGCCCUCUGUACGAGGUCUCAGCACAGUCACUGGCUACUGAAGACCUUGAGAUCAUUGUCAUUUUGGAAGGUGUUGUGGAGACCACUGGAAUCACAAUGCAGGCGCGCACAUCCUACACGCCUGAGGAGAUCUUUUGGGGACGUCGCUUCGUCUCCAUUAUGAAUGAGGAAGAUGGGCGCUACUCAGUCGAUUACUCCAAAUUUGGGAAUACUGUCCCCGUUCGAAUGCCAGCUCUAAGCGCUAAGGAGCUGGACCAGACUAGGGGCGUGCAGGACAGUGGACCUCACGAGGGCAAACCCCAGGGCUGGGGGCUGGUGAGGGCAGGGCGAGGUGGGUAUAGAAGGGGUGGGGGCAGGGCCUGUGAUGACAUGACAGCCAAGCCGUGGUAUGUGCUGGCUGAUAAAGAUGAGGACAAAGAAGGAAAGGAGAAGAAAGGUCAUAAGAAAACAGUGAAACUUGAAGAGAUAGGCAGAGAGAUUGAAGAGGAGACAAUGGAGGAUAUGAGUGAUUAAAGAGAAAGAACAUGAGUGAUAUUUGAUACAUGGUCAUAGAAAUGGUGACUAGUUCAUGUAAUAUUCAAACAAAUUACAAAUCUUAAAGUUUUAAAUUAUCUUUAUAAUAUACAUUUUAUUAUAUGACAACUGUCAAAACAUGGGCAAAUGCUGUAUUGUUUAUUAUGACAUUGGAAUUUGUUUUCUCAUUUCUUGUCAAUUUUGUACUGUUUUCCUUACAACUAAUAAUGAAUUUCAGGGUUGUUUGAACAAGAGUGUCCCCGCUCUUUUUAUCCAGGGUAUCUUGGCAGUACUAGUGAAGCCAUAGCUGUCCCUGUUGAAGCAAAUAUGAGGCAGCUGUAUUCGUUUGUAUGUUCAUUUUUGAUAGCACAUAAACCUUUUUAAAAUGUCUGUAUUUAUUUAGCCUUUUAUGUUUUCAUCUUGUUUUAUGACGUGACUGAUUAUGUGAUUAUUUUGGUUUUCAGUGUGGCUGUUGUAUUGACAUUGUGUGUGUUAACAUUGUAUUGUGGACUUGUGCAUUUGUGUGUUGUAAACUAGACAACCUCUACCCUUUGCACACAUUCCAUAGCUGUGUUUUUGUCCUCAGUUGUGGUUUACUGCUGUAAAACUACUGCCUAACCUAACCCCAACCUAACCCUAACCCUAACCUCAAUGACAAUUAGAUAAUGUUAUAUGUUUAUUUAACUGUUACCAUAUCAGUGGGUUAAUUUAUUUUGUGUAUAUCAUGUAUUUAAUAAAGUGUAUGCUAUUUUAUAUCUGAGUGAAGGAACUCCCAGAGUUUUUUUUACUGUUUGGAAAACAAUGUGUUAUAUCACAGGAUUAGCGGUCGACAGCUGGGUAAACUCUACUGUUUGAGAUUAGAG